UGGGGAGCGGGAUGUGGCUGCCGCCGCUGCUCCUGUCGCUGCUGCUGCUCCUGCCGCUGCCGCUGCCGGGCACCGCCGCCGCCGCCGCCGCUGCAGGUGCGGACGGUGCGGCGGGAGCGGGCAGCCCCUGCGACAAAGCCUGCAACCCCCGGAUGGGCAACCUAGCCCAGGGCCGGGCGCUGCGGACGGAGACCGCCUGCGGGCGCAACGGCACCGAGCCCUUCUGCGCCUACGCCGCGGACGCGCAGCGCCGCUGCCGCCGCCUGCUCUGCGGCCGCUGCAGCGGGGCUCAGGCCGGGCUGGCUCACCCUGCCGCCGCCAUGGCCGACUCACCCUUCCGUCUGCCCCGCACCUGGUGGCAGUCGGCUCCGGACACCCCUCGGGAGACCAUCCAGCUGGAUCUGGAAGCCGCCUUCUACUUCACUCACUUGAUCCUGGUCUUCAAGUCGCCCCGGCCGGCGGCCAUGGUGCUGGAGCGCUCCCAGGACUUCGGCGAGACGUGGAAGCCUUACAAAUACUUCGCUGCUAACUGUUCGGCCACCUUUGGGCUGGAGGAUGACGUGAGGCAGAGAGGAGCCAUUUGCACUUCGAGAUACUCGAGCCCCUUCCCCUGCACUGGAGGAGAGGUCAUCUAUCGAGCCCUGGCACCACCCCACGCCGUGGAGGACCCAUACAGCGCUGAAGCCCAGGCACAGCUGAAGAUCACCAACCUGCGGGUGCGGCUGCUGGAGCAGCAGGGCUGUCCCUGCCUCCCUGCCAGCCCUGCCCUGCAGCCCCUGCAGCCCCCAGGGCCCUUGCACUAUGCCAUCUAUGACUUCAUCGUGAAGGGCAGCUGCUUCUGCAACGGCCACGCCGACCACUGCGUCCCGGUGGCGGGAUUCAAGCCUCUCAAGGCAGCUGGUGUUUUCCAGGUGGUCCAUGGGAGAUGCAUGUGCAAGCACAACACAGCAGGGUCCCACUGCCAGCACUGUGCCCCUCUCUACAACGACCAGCCCUGGCAGCCUGCCGACGGCAGAACCGGAGCGCCCAGGGAGUGCCAGUCCUGCAAGUGCAACGGGCACGCCGACACCUGCCACUUCGACCUGGCUGCCUGGCUGGCCUCGGGCAACCGCAGCGGCGGCGUCUGCGACAGCUGCCAGCACAACACGGAGGGGCAGCACUGCCAGCGCUGCAAGCCAGGCUUCUACCGCGACCUCAGGAAGCCCUUCUCUGCCCCUGACGCCUGCAAACCUUGCUCCUGCCACCCGCUGGGAUCGGCCGCGCUGCCCCUGGGGCCCCGCACCUUCUGCGACCCCAGCACCGGCGACUGCCCCUGCAAGCCCGGGGUGGCAGGGCCCCGCUGCGACCACUGCCUGCCCGGCUACUGGGGCUUUGGUGCCCACGGCUGCCGCCCCUGCGCCUGCGCCCGCGCCUGCCACCCCCGCACCGGAGACUGCCGCAGCCGCAGCUCAGACCUGACCUGGCACAACGCAGCACCUUCUUUGCAGGCAGUGCUCAAUGAGAGUGAGCCUGCCUGGGGCUGGGAGGAGGAGCAGGGCUGGGAGGACGAGCAGGGCUUCUCAGCGCUUCGGCACUCAGGUAAAUGUGAAUGUAAAGAGCAAGUUUUAGGGAGUCCCAAGGUCUUCUGUGGGAUGAAGUACACCUAUGUGCUCAAGGCAAAGAUCCUGUCAGCUCAUGACAAAGGCUCCCAUGCAGAAGUCAGUGUGAAGAUCAAGAAAGUCCUGAAAGCUACAAAGCUGAAGAUCCUGCGGGGCAAGAGGACACUCUACCCUGAGUCAUGGACUAACAGGGGCUGCACUUGUCCCAUCCUCAACCCAGGCUUGGAGUACCUGGUGGCAGGACAUGAGGAUGUCCAAACCGGCAGGCUCGUGGUCAACAUGAAAAGUUUUGUCCAUCCCUGGAAAUCAGCUCUUGGAAGGAAGGUUCUGGAGAUUCUGAAAAGAGACUGCAACUAGAGGUGUGCAGCUGCCAUGGGCAUUUCUUUACGUGUGAAAGGCAACAGCCUCUACGGAGAGGAGACCUCUAGGAUGAGAACUGGAGUGUAAGCAAAUAGUGCCAAAAGGAGUAGCGAGGCAGCCAGAGCUGUAGGCACUGGCUCACUGAAUCCUCCCUGGCCAGCGUUCACUCACUUGCCUGUAGCUUCCUUGCCAGGGGCUGGCAGGAGCCUGGCUUGUGGUGAGGCUGAGGGCAAGCAAAGGAAGGGCAGAUGCUUGCCUCGCUGCGCUGCGCUGCUGGAGCCGCUCCUGUGAUGCCACCCAGGCUAAACUGCCAGCCUCGGGAGGGAAAGCGUGCCCGUGAGCCACAGCUGAGGAGCAAAACACCACUGCCAGUGCCACCAGAGUGGAUCCUGAGUGACUUUCAGAGGCUCCCAGAGGAUGCUGUGGGCAAGGCAACGGCCACAGUGGCAGCAGCCUGGCAGUGGCAACAGCUCUCUAGAAACAGCCCCUUGGGUUGGGACGUGGCACCUGUCAAAGAGAAUCAGGUGCCACUGGCUUUCAACCUGCUCACCCCACCCAAGCUUUCAGGGGCUAAGCUUCCUCCUGGGCCUGGUGAGGGUGGAACUGCUGGAGUGAAUCAAGCCCUUCUUCCUUGGCACAAGCAAGAGGCAGGGCAGAGGCUGGCUCUACAGCCACCGCCUGGCUGCAGAGAGGAGCUCUGUAGGUGGUACAGCAUCUCUAAGCUCUUGCCUUUGAAGUGCUGAAAUAUGAACCUAGCCCUAGUGUAAAUAUUUUUGUUGUAUAAAGCACUUUACUACCUACCACUUCACAGGGUGGGAAGUCUGAUUGUGUUGGGGGAAAAAAAAAGAGCCUAAAGGUGGCACCUGAAACAAAACUCCUUGAAACAGAAGCACUCCUGAAGACAAACCCACCCCCAUCCCCCCUGAUUUGGAUGGUGUUAAUGGGAUAAAGGGAAUGGCCAGCCUGGCCCUGGCCCCUCAGAGUAUCUAAGGAUGCAAUCUGAAAGUAUUUGCACUGAAGUCUCAGCUUCAGAGCAGAGUUUGGACCCCAUCAGCAGGGCUCCAGGGAGACUUCACUAACAGUCUGAGACGAAGAAGAGGGAAAAAAAAAAGUAGAAGAAGAAAAAUAAGAAAAAAGGAGACGAAGAGGAGGAGGAAAAAAAAGAAGAAAAAAUAAGAAGAAAAAAGAGAAGAAAAGAAUAUGAAAAAAGAAAAAAAAUA